UUCAUUUAUUUGUUAUAUACUGUGAGGAAGAACAUCAAAACCCAAACGAAAAGAAAAAAUAAAUAAAUCAAAGAACACAAACAAAGAAGAAGCGCAAAAUGAAGAGUGCGAUUUGUGGGAGAAUCCUCUCUCCCAACCACGUCUUCAAACCAGGGGACACACAUUCAAUUUGUAAAGGACCAUACUCCAAUCUUUGUGUACCCAUGGCUGUAUUGGCAACAGGACCUGGUAAAGGAGGCGGGGUGCUGGAAAAGCCCGUUAUUGAAAAAGUCACCCCUGGCCGUGAGUCUGAAUUUGAUUUGAAGAAAUCACGGAAAUCAGCACCACCGUAUCGUGUAAUAUUGCACAACGACAACUUUAAUAAACGGGAAUACGUUGUCCAAGUACUGAUGAAGGUCAUCCCUGGAAUGACCCUUGACAAUGCAGUUAAUAUCAUGCAAGAAGCACACUACAAUGGAUUGUCAGUUGUGAUCAUCUGUGACCAAGCUGAUGCUGAAGAUCAUUGCACGCAGCUAAGAGGCAAUGGGUUGCUCAGUUCAAUUGAACCUGCAAGUGGAGGCUGCUGAUGGCAAGUUUCACUUUAAAUCUCACUGGCUUUUAUGCUAUUGAAAGGUGAGAUGGAACUAUUAGCAGGUGUACAUAAGUUCCCCCUCUUGAAGGCUUAGAAACCAAAAAAGAAAAUAUAUCUUGUGUAAAAACUUGGCCUUAUGUGAACGAACCUAUGAUUAAGACAUGUGAUAGUUGUGAUUUUGAAUAAAGAAGCGCACAACAUAUUAAAGCUAAUAGCUGAUGAAAUGAUUGCGGUAUGUAUGUGGAAAACAUAGAGAUUAGAUCAACAUAAUACCACAGCACUGUCAUGUUACUUGAUAA